CUGGCUUUUAAGAGUCCAGUCGAGCGGACGGCAUACCUUCGCAUAGGCUGAUCUCGUCGUAAUAUCGUCGACAUUCUGUUUUACUCGUAGCCUCGCGCGCGCGCGCGCGGACCGAUCUCGCCAUUCUCGAGACGACGGGGGCCCCCGCGCGCUCCUGCGAACGGGAAAAACCGCCAGGUGGAAGCAGCCGGAUCGAUCGAUCGACCGAUCGAUCGACAGACCGAUACCAGAAGUAAUUCGGCCGACGAUUCAGUGCGCGAGAGUGCGCGAGUGCGCGACACGCUCCAUUGAUUUGGACCGAGGGGACCAGGAUCGGAUCGAUUAUCCUCUUAAGGAGUCCCGCGGAUCCCCCCAGGAAAUCGGCGGAGAAGCGCGCGGAAGAUGAGGAGGGACUGAGGACGGCGCUGAAGAGAAAACGCGAGCAGAGAUUUCUCGAUUUAUCGAUACCGAAAGGGAGACGAUCUCCUCGCUCCGAUUCGCGAGGGUAUCCCCUACCGAUCGAAAAAUGACCGCGAGGAUGGACUUCAAGUAGCUGGCCAAGUGGGAAGUACUCAUUUCUAAAAGUCCACCGCGAGUCCUCCCUUCCGCGAGAGUAACCCGCGCGAGUAAAAAUAAACCCUUCGGUGCCCUCGAGUACUAUGAGUAUUCUCGCGAUCCUCCUCUCGCUCGUUUCGUACUCGCCUUGUCGCGCGAAUAAGACCUGGUGAAUGUAUCGUCGAAUCCCUUCCAUUCUUUUUAUCGUACUCCCCUCUUGCCCACCGGUUUGAGUAAUACCUAACACACAGCGACGCGUUCCCUCCGCGAACACCGCCGCGCGAUCACCCCGAUCGACCGACCGGACGAGCGAUCCCGCGUCGCGGGAUAUAUUCUCUCUCGAUCGGAAUCCAAACGUCCCCCCGUGACAUAUACGAUGACCGGCAAAAUGAUAGAGAACCUGCUGUACACCCUGGCGAUCGUCGGCGUCGUCCGUCGCAGCCAGUGCGAGCUGUUCGUGCCGUUCGACGAGACCGACGACGAGUACCUCAACGAGUAUCUGUUCUUCGACGAGAGCAAGUACCUCGCCGAACUGCAGGAAUUCGACGAGGCGACCGUCCGGAUCGACCUGAUCAAUCGUAACCGGAAGCACCGAUUGACGCACGAGGAGCCCAGAGUGCUGUACCAAGUCGGGGAUAGCGAAAAGGAAUUGCCGGAGUGCGCGGACCAAAGCGAGGUAUGUAGCAAGGUGGAUUUAUAUGGUGCACCGUGGGUCGAGAGACAAUGUCGUUGUCCGAACGGCCGUGCCUGUCCCAGCAGUCUUUACGGGGACGACGGACACACGAUCGUCGAUAAAACGCGGCGGUACAAGCUCUGCGAACCUGCGAAACGACUUCCCAUCUGUCGUUACUUCAAAGACAUUACAUGGACACUCGCACCCGGAGGUGGCCCGGGAAACGCGACGGUGCAACGAGUUCACUGCCGAUGUCGGCCAGGUAGCGUCCCGUACCUGGUGCGAAGGCAACCUCACAAAUCAUCAGAUGGAAAUCAAGGUUUCAUCUACUCCUUCGCCUGCUCUCCGCAAAGCAGAUUACGCUGCCAACACAAGGAGCCCUGUCGCCUGUUCACCGUGCGCAAAAGACGAAACUCGCAGCUCGAGGAAGUGAACGCCUCGCCCCUCUGCCAAUGUCCUGGAGGACACCGAUGCCCCAGACGACACACGGAUCCCGGCUCCUUACCGGCGAGAUCCUACGCCGGCGUCCUAGAGAUCAAGACUUACAGCGGCUACUGCAUACCUUCCCAUCGCUUCGACGAGAUAACUUAUGACAUCUAAGAAUUCGGCGUUUGUAAGAAUCGCGCCACUUCCGCCCGAUCGCGCGACGCGUCGCGAAGUGUCGGCGAUCCGGGCGAUACUUGCCACCGACGUUAGCUUUAACGGAUCAUUACUUUUAUUCGGGGAUGUGCGGACACCCGAAAACCGCGGCUACUCGAAUCUCGGCUCGCUUCGACUCGAUUCUACCCGACUCUGUCCCGAAAGUCUCUCUCCCUCUCGAAGCGCAGGUAUGUUCAGGCCACCGUAGUGAAUUCUCUCACGAUACGAUCGCAGACCGACUCGAAUCUCACCGAGCUUCGCAAACGCUCUCGCGUUUUGCGCGUUGUUGUUUCGUUGUGGAGGACGACUCGAUCCGAGAUCCGCGAUCUCGCGCAUAAAGAAAAUAUCUUCAGAUAUUUACUACACUGAAAAAAGGUCCAGUAAUAACCAUCAAGUUACCAGCUGCUUCGGUGAAACAAUUUCAAAUAAAUGUGCAGGUGAAUGUAAUCAAGUAAUUUGGUAAGUAUCAACAGACAACUUUAGCGAGACUACCAAUUUGUGUAUCAUCAGACAAUUCGUCAAAUAAAACCAUACUGUUUAGUCAUGCAUAUCGCAUUAUGUGGUAAAUGACUAAAUGCUUUGAUAAUAGUCGAGGUAUUUAGCAAUUAUUGUCAAAUUAUCUGGAAUUAUUUAGCAAAUUAUUUGACGGAUUCAACGAAGAAUUGUUUUACUAAUUAUUUAGUAAUUAUUAUUACCAGACGGUUCGUAAUUAUUAUCAUAUUCAAUACUAAUUACUUAAUAUUGCACCGAAACGCUCCACCGAAUGCAUUUGUUAACUAUUACAAAACUUUUCUUCAGUGUACGCAACCGAAAUUAUUAGGGAACGCGCACAAUCCUGCUCCAAUCAAGUAUAAUCCCGUAGAAAUGAUGCUAUUCAUUUUCUUUUUCUUCCUCGCGACUAAGGCCGGUAUUCACAGUCGAAUCUUACUUCAAGACCGUCUUAAGUAACGUCUUAAGAUGCUCGUAAUACGGCUCUGUGAUUGGUUCAUGACAUCUUAAGACGGUACUUAAGAUGAUUUUAAAUAUAAGAUCGAACUAUGAAUACCGACCUAAGGCACGGUUAAAUAAAAGCACCAAUACCCGAACACGUGUCUAAUGCUGGAUAUUAUUAUGAUUUUGGCCUUUAAAUACGAAUAUUUAAACAUCUAACACAAAAUAUAUACAUAUAUAUUGAAUAUAUAAAUAUACUGUGUCUUAGAAAUUUAAAUAAUCGUAUUUAAAGAGCAAAAUAAUGAUAUCCAAGAUUAUGGUCUUUUUAAACACAAUUAUUUAAACUUUUAACUUAAAAAAAUAUAUAUAUUGAACAAUAGUAUAUUGAACACAUAUAUUAUAUGUUAAAAGUUUAAAUAAUUGUAUUUAGAAACUAAAAUAAUAAGAAUGUUCAGGAUUAUGUUCCUUUUAUAUACGAUUAUUUAAGCUUUCAACGUAAAAUAUAUAUAUGUAUAUUAAGUAUAUAUAUAUAUUACUCCACGAUGUAAGUUUAAAUAUUCGUAUUUAAAGACCAAACAAUAAAAAUAUCUGGGGUUAGGUGCACGUCCGGGUAUUGGCAUUUCUACCUAACAUUCAACGUUCAAUUUGUCUACAUCAGAGUCUCGAGACAGGCAAACGAUAACAGAUCAAGUCGAUCUCCUCGAUCCAUCGUGUAUCCAAGCGUGCAAUGCCGUGCCAUGUACGAUCUCUCUCUCUCUCUCUCUCUCUCUCUCUCUCUCUCUCUCUCUCUCUCU